AUAAAUGUAUGUACAAAAAAAAAUUGAGAUGAGAUGAGAGGGGUGAAGCAGAUUUGAGAGCAAAUUGGCUUAAGCAACCGAUCUAACUCAUAAUAAGUGAGAAGAUUCACUGAGAACAGAACAAUAAUCAUCUUUUCGAAUUCAAAUUUCGUUUUGAUAGAUUUCUAAUUCUUGACUGCAGAACUCUUCAAUUUCGUUGCCAACUAUAAACACCUGAUUCAACCGUAACAAAUGGAUAUGUACAUUCGCAUUAAGCGUGAUAAGACAACAUAUUUCAUCCGGUGUAAGCCAUCUGACAAAAUUCUUGACAUAAAGGAGAAAUUACAAGAACUAAUCGAUCAACCUGUUAAUGACCAACGGUUAAUUCUACCUGGUACUGGCGAAGUAUUAGAGGACGCUAAGACUCUGGCUGAUCAAAAGAUUGAAACUGAUGCUGUUGUUGCACUGACCUUGAGGAAAGAUGAUAAUGAGUUUGAGGAAGUCAACAUUGUUCGACCAAAUGAUUUCUAUCAGACAAGGGAUGCAGAGGGUGGCAAUUGGUAAAGCCGUACUCCACCAUAGACUGUGUCACAACUAGUGACUUGGUGAAUUCUGUAAUGACUGGAAACAUUUUGUAGAGAUAAAUGAUGUACUUGUUUGCAUUACACUGAAACUUUGCCUAGAUUGUGAAUCAAUAGAUUGGUCUUAAACCAAUGUGAUGCGAUAGGGCUUAGGUCAUCUAGAAGACACAAACAAUUUACAUAGUAUUGGGGAAGUUAAAGUUUGAAUUUUUUUCUUAAAAGAUUCAAUAUAUGGUUGAUUAUUAUUAUUAUUAUUA